AUGCACACACGCAGAUCAACUUCCUUUAGCGUAGGAUAUGGCUGGAGCGUCGAGAUCUUGACACGAAAGGAUGGUGUCCUGGAAGUGUUUUUCCCUCGUUCUUGCGGGUGCGUGCUAUCCAGCCAUGGCACUGCGGCAGGCACCUCCGACAAUCGUGCAAAACGCGGGUACGCUUCCGGUGGAAGCGGAAUCUUUCUCGGGCAGCGUUCCUUUCUCUGCGUCGGGGAGCGGUACUUUAGUGCUCCGUUUGUAAAGACGAGGACCAGGAACAUGAUCACUUGAAGAUUGAACAAACGGGCAGUGUAAUGAAUUUGAAUUUCCAAAAAACAGAAUUUGUUGUGUCUGCAUUGAAAUUUUUUUGAUCCACUAGUCACUCACUGCACAACACCGCAGGAUCUGCUCCGCGAAUCGUCGAUGUCGAAGCAGAACUAAUCAAGCAGAAGAGCGAAACGGCAAGUGCCAAGGCCACCGCGGAGCGCGCGGAGAAGGCCUCGUCGGACACGCUGAAAAAAUUGGACCAGUUGCGGAGCACGCUGCGAAACGCGGCGGUCUCUCACACCGAGGCACUGCGGAAGGUCCAGAUUCCGCCGCCGCGCCUCGCGGGUUUCAGCGGGCGCUAGGGCAAGGCAAGGUUUUGUCGUGGUCACGAUGAAGAUGAUGAAUCGGUGGAUUCACGACUUGUUUUUUCCGUCCACAAGAACGAUUGAGAUUGUUCCGUAACUACAAGCAUGGCGUAUGAGCGCACGAGCAGAUGACAGAAGAGAACAAACACAAUGGUGAAAAAUGUGUAGACUGCAACAGCACCACAUCACUGAGGCGGUGUUUCCAUUUUCAACGCAACACUUCCAUGCAAGAACUUCAGUGUGCUCCUACUUUUGCUUUUCUCGAUCCUGG